AGGCCCAACUGGAGCUCCAGGAAGGCACACAGGCCGAAAGCCGCCACCGUUUCUUCAUCUCCCAUCUGCCGGCGCUCCAUCUUCGACUCCCUCCCCGACUCGCGCUCGGCACGCAGGCGACGACGGCGGCGCUCAGGCUCGGGCUCGGGCUCUCAGCGACGGCGGGGCAGUCCCAAUUUCGGCGGCGGCGUCAGCGGCUCCCCCUCCCGCCUCUUGCCAAUCGCCUCGCGCCCUCGCCUCCGGUCCUCCGCACACCGGCCGGUGACCCUGCGUGCGCGCCUCCCGCUCCCCUCCCGCCUCCGGUGGACCGUUGACAGCGCCCGGCCCCGGCGGCUGCACUGCGCGCCGCGUACGGCCGGCGGGCAGCGGGAGCCAGCAGCCGCUGCUCUACCAAGGCGGCCGCACCGCUUUGGUAGCGCUUAUGCCCCAACGAAGCGUUACCCGUCCGCUUAGCGCUGAAGCGUGCGCUUAGUGCCGCCUGUUGGAACCCUGAUCUAUAGUUGGUCUUCUUAUAACUUCUCAUAGUACACUUUCAGCAACACAUUGGACUACAAUGGAGAAUAUGCGUUAUGCUGAGGAGCUCGUGAGGGAGUUUCUAGUUUUCAGGGGUUUCACAAGUACGCUGCAAGCGUAUGAGACAGAGUUGUCUACUGAGAUUGGCAGGAACUUUCAAGGAGACAAGAUCGUGGAUUUAGUGUUCUCAGAGUAUGUACCGAAAUACCAACUGGACAAGUUGCUCGGUCUGUUUGCCUUUUUCAAGCAGUGUUUCAUGUCACCUGCGGACACAGAGUUGUUCUCAACCCUUGUUAAGUUGGAGCUGUCAGUAUUAAGGUACUAUGUUAUUAAUGCUUUGAAAUCUGGAAGACAAGACAAAGUAAUUGAAUUCUUUGGUGAGAGUGGCAAUUAUCUGAUGCAAAAGCGUGGAGAUUGGCUGGCAUGGUUUGCUAUUCCAUAUAUUAAGAACCCAAGCUUGGAUCCACAAUUCCGUCUAUAUUUCUCCAAAGAGUGGCUGGACACUUUGGUUCUUUCAUUUAGGAAUUUUUUGAGUGGGAUAUUCAAUGAUACUCGGACCCCAGCUCUUAUGAGAAUUAGUAGUGAAAAGAAUACCAUCAAAUCCCUCAAGAAUGACAUAAAACAACUGAAUAAUAAAUUGGCAGAGCUACAAGCAUCCUUAGAGGAGAAGGAAGAUGAAAUCUCUCUGUUGAGGAGAAACAAACGCAUGCAUGCAUCCUCUAAACAUGCCACAACAUAUAAAUGUAGGAACUAUAAUAGUGGUGGUUAUGGAAACAAGAAUGUAGUUGGUACUAGUACAGCUGGUUCCCCUCAUGAAGAGAUGUCAGAAAACUAUGAAGAAUCCUCGGCCUCGAGUAGCAUGAUACAGGGUUUUGAUUCUCGGUCCUCAAGUUCAGUGAAAUCUUAUACAAGAGGUGGAAAAUUCCAUGAAUCUUCUGAGAUCAACCAUACAGAGGAUCAGCAGGUUUUGGUGACUGAGGAAGAGUUUCCUGAGGUGAAAGUAGAUUUCCAGGAAACAUUUUUAGGCCAUAACAGUCCAAUUAGCCGAUGUCGAUUUUCUGCAUCUGGGUCAAAUAUUGCUAGUUCAUCAAUUGAUGGCACAGUUAGGAUUUGGACAUAUGAUUCGUCAACUGCAUCAUCCAGAAAUGCUACUAUAUACUGUGGGUCUGAAGUCAGUGCACUUUCAUGGGAAUGCAGAUCUGACAGAUUGCUGCUCAUAGGCACAGCUAAUGGAGGAAUUAAAGCUUGGAAUGCUGAUGCAAAGAGAGUUGUUUGCGACCUGAGUACAUCUAGAAACUUUCCAAGCAUCUUAGAUUUGAAAUGCAGCCCUGUUGAACCUGUGUUUGUCUCUGCAGCUGCAUCAAGACGGCAUGGAUCAACUACAUUUGAGAGAACAGGAUUUGCCAACUUGACAGUGUGGCAUAUGAAAACAUGGAAGCCAUUGACUGUCCUCCCUCUUGGUGAGGAUCCACCUGCCAUUACUUCUCUUUGCUUCAAUCACAAUGGGAAGAUUUUGGCAGCUUCUGCUACAGAUGGAAUGAUUCACAUGUUUGACAUGUCUGCUGGUCUUCAAAUUACAGGAUGGCCUGCCCAUGAUUCACCUGUGAGCUCUGUUCUUUUUGGGCCAGCAGAAACUAGCAUCUUCAGCUUAGGCUCGGACGGAAAGAUACUUGAAUGGAGUUUGCACAAUCAAGGUCAGAUUCUUUGGUCAAGAGAUUGCAGCAGAUUCUGCAAUCCGGAGAGCUUUAAAACACGAAUGCAUGAAAUAGCAUUGGAUUCAAAUGGCAAGAGGCUGCUGGUCACCUCCGGUUUGGUUCGGGCCCCAAUAUACCAGGUACAAGGCCAUGAAAGCGAACUGAGGACACUGCCGCACAGUUCAUCUAUCACAAGUGUGGAUUGGCAUCCAACACUGCCAAUGUACAUCACUGGAUCCGCAGACCACUCUGUCCGGGUCACGUCUAUCUUAUGAUGAUCUAUAAAACAAGGUGCUGGCAACAACCUUUCCCAGCUAGCUAGCAUGCAUCAACCCUUAUUGACAGUCUUAUCCAUGCGUGAGGCUCGGUGUCACGCUAUUUCCUCGCAUGGAAGAUGAGCUGUGUUCUUGUUUUGUGGCUUUGGUGUGCGUCUAAUUCUGUACCCUUUGGUGGGUUGCUCCAACAUUUUUUUUUCUUGUUGUAAACAGGCAUAGAGUUCUGUGGUCAUUUGCUUUAAAAUGAGUGAUAGAUCAAAAUAAGUAAACUUUGUAGCCCGUCUCUCGAAAUCUCACGUCUGCAUACGCAGAUAUGCUAUAUACUGUAUGUACUUGUAAAUGAAUUUGUAGCCCGUCUCAGAUAGUACUUCGCAUUACAAUC